CUAGAUUUGUUCUCGAAUCUAUGCGAACAGACCAAUUGCAGACGGAUCUUGGCAUAUCGGUGAUUUCUAGAAGACGAUGAGCCCAUGUUCUUAGCUGUUCUUGGAAUGUUCAUGCAGUUCUAAAUUGAACGUUGAACGGUGACAGGACAUCAAACCAAUUCGCACUAGUACAGUAGAUUUGUCAAGAUGCCAGGAAAAGCGCAAGGAAUCGAUGCAUAUAACGCGUCUAAUUCUCACCUUGCUUUCAUUCUGCACUUCGAUCUUCUUUCCCUGGACGCGAUUUUUUUUCGCGUGAUAUCAGGCUAUACGCAUCCUAUUGUCCUAAUGUCGUCUUUUGAAGCUGUUAUACGCAAGAAGUUGGUAGAUGUUGUCGACGAGCUCAAGCCGAUUAGUCAAACGAUAAAGAGCUUGCCUUCGAUCGAGAAUGCGCUGAAUCAUCCAGAAGGCAUUAAUGACCGUCUGCUUCUGCUAGAGAAUCUGUUAACACUGAUGUCCGAACUCGGGACCAGUACAAAUGAAAAGUAUCGAGAGAUCAGCAGUGACCUUCAACGCUUGACCAUUGACUUCCUAUACAAGGAUCUUCCGCAUCCUCCGAGUGGAUAUCUGGCACUUCCUCCAUUUUCCCAGACUCCACCAGUUGAAGCUCCAACCUCCUACACUCCGGGAAGUUAUGUCAAUUAUGCUUACCGCUCGGCCGAUGGAAGUUAUUAUAACCCUCUGAUUCCAUCGAUGGGUCAAGCUGGUACUCCUUACGCACGCUCUGUUCCUGGUACAGCUCAGACGAAUCUCAAAAAUCUUCCUGAUCCUGGUCUGGUAUUUGACACGCUGCUGAAGCGACCAACCAAAGCCGAAGGAAGUGGCGAAGAAGAAGACGGAUUUACUCCCCAUCCCGGAGGAGUUUCAAGCUUGUUCUUCGCCCUUGCCGACCUCAUCAUCCAUUCGAUCUUUAAUACCAAGCCCCAAAACCCUACUGUCAAUAACACUUCUUCAUACUUAGACUUAAGCGUACUCUAUGGAAGCAGCGAAAAGGAAGUUCAGAGCGUCCGGAGAAAAGACGAUAAAGGAAGACCAGAUGGUACUGGUAGACUUUACGAAGAUGUUUUUGCUGAUAGCCGUCUGUUGCUCAUGCCGCCUGCUGCAUGUGCUCUUCUAGUGCUUUUUUCCCGUAAUCAUAAUUUUGUUGCGCAACGGAUCCUCCAAAUCAAUGAAUGGAAUACCUACAAAAAUCCAGAAUCACUGAAGGCUCAAAUCGACAAGGGCUCUUCUUCUGCGGCCUCUGACGAGGAACAGACAGCCGCUGCUCAAGCUAGGGUUGCUCUUCAGGCACAAGACGAUGAAAUCUUUCACCGUUCGAGACUGGUAAACUGCGGUUUCUUCAUGAAGGUCAUCUUAGGUGACUAUGUCGGUGCUAUACUUGGACUUGCAAGGGACGGAAGUAGCUGGCGUCUCGAUCCUCUUGUGGAGAUGCGUCGUCUAAGUCAUGAAUUUUCUCCCCGAGGUGAAGGAAACGUUGUCUCUAUUGAGUUCAACCUUCUUUACCGGUGGCACGCCACGUUGAGUAGACAAGACAAAAAAUGGACAGAGAAGAUGUUCCAGGAGACCCUACAGAAAGAUGGCAUCAAUGUACAGUUUGAUCAGUUGAACCCUUCGCAGUUCUUUAUGGCUGCAGGCAAAGCUUUGGGCCAGAAUAAGGACGUUCGGACCUGGACUUUCGACGGACUCAAGAGGGAUGGUAGCGGUAGCUUCUCUGAUGCAGACAUUGUCAAAAUUCUGCAAGAUUCCACUUCAUAUCGAGCGGGAGCCUUCCGGGCUCGUGGUAUCCCGGACGUUCUCAGAGUCAUAGAGAUUCUUGGUAUCGAGCAAGCCAGAGGUUGGGGUGCUUGUUCUUUGAACGAAUUUAGAAAAUUUAUUGGCCUAAAGCCAUACAAAUCAUUCAAGGAAUGGAACAAUGAUGAUUCAGUUGCAAAAGCAGCCGAAGUCCUUUAUAAGGAUAUCGACAACCUCGAGCUUCACGUAGGAAUGCAGGCUGAGCAAGCAAAGGUCCCAGGUCCUGGUGCAGGCUUGUGUCCGGGUUACACGAUCUCUCGGUCGAUCCUCGCUGACGCUGUGUGUCUCACACGUGGUGAUAGAUUUUUGACCGUUGAUUUCACUCCAUUUAACCUUACAACUUGGGGCUUCGCGGAUUGUCAAUACCCCACUGCUCCGGAUGGCUCCUACGGAGGGAUGCUCACUAAGUUAUUGUUCCGUCACUUCCCUGCAUACUACCCAGCUCGAUCGGCGUAUGCACAUUUCCCGUUCCUUGAUCCUGUUUACAUGGAGAAAGAAUUACAGAAGAGAGGUAUCGCUGAUCAGUAUAUCUGGACGAGGCCACGUCCUGCUGUAGGUGUACAGGAGGGAGAAGUUUUGGUCAUUAAUAAUUACGAGGAGGUGACGAAGAUCUUAAGCGCACCCCAAGAUUGGAGAUCGGACUACGAUAUCAAACUGGGUACUGUUGUCGCUGGACUAAAAAGUCCAAACCUCCCCGAUAUGACACUUGUCAACAAACUACUGCACGAUUCUAGCGACAAAUGGCCCUCUUUCUUCGUUCGACAAACUCAAAAUCUCCUCAAAGAUAGGUGCGUUGGUCAUGCGGGUUCGCAAGCCAAUUUGAAGUUUGUGGACAUCGUGAGUGACGUGAUCAACGUACUUCCUGUUCGUUGGAUUUGUCAAGAGCUGGCUGGGCUCGAACUCGGAAAGGACUAUCCAGAGAGCGAAUACAUCACUGAGCUGAACAAUGUCUGUCGUUACGUCUUCUUGGACUGGGAUCCUGUCUAUGACUGGCAGCUCCGCGAAAGUUCAACAAAUUUCUUCCGUGAAUUUAACAAAGAUGUCAAGCAUCACCUGGAAACUGAGUCGGGCUUUAUCUCCAACACGAUCAGUCACUUCAAAAAGCCGCUUCCAAAAAGACCAGCGUUCCUCGAGAGGCUUCACAAAGAGGGUCAUGAGAGGCGUGCGGACGAACUUGCAACGGCGUUGUUUUGUGCGGUGGUGCCUACGGCCGCGCACUGGGCUCAAAACGUUGCCCAUAUCGUGAAUUACUUCAUCGAGGCAGGGAGAAUAGAAGAAAGGGCGGAGCUCGUGGCACUUGUGAAGGAGGGCAAGAUAGAUGGUCGGGCCAUGGACCUGAUCAAGAAUGCUUUAGUUGUUGACCCAGCCGUUUUCGCCGCGCAACGUACAGCUCUGAGAGGCACCUCGAUAGCUAGACGAGACGGCAGCAAUGUCGUUGCUGGUGAGACCGUUUUCGUUGAUAUCUUCGAAGCCAAUGCAAAUAGGCCUAAUGGCAAGCCCGGCAUCCAUACUGCCGGGGAGCAUGGAUAUUUGCUGUCCUCCGAAUUCUUCGAAAGAGUUACUCCCCUAGUUGUUGCCGAAAUCCUCGCUCUAUCAAACCUCCAGCGGGGUCCUGGAGCGUCCGGAGUCUUCACACGCUUUACUCAAAACCUUCAUGGUGCUCCUGAGCAGGUUUAUGUUGAUGCUCGUGGAGGACUAACGCCAUUCCCUACUUCACUUACUAUUUCGUUCACCUCAUGAUACUGUCAAGAUGGCGCUGGAAUCUGGAUAGCUUUGUUACAUACUGUAUUCUAGAAUAAACUGUACCAUUCGAAAUGUUUUUGAGUAAUAAUGAGUUGGUCAUCUGAAUUGCUCAUCGCCCUGCGAAUCUGCGAGCACAGUUGAUUACCUCUUGAAUUCUUUCUUCUGUUCACCAUGCAGCACCUUGGGAAAGCUGCUCUGCGGGUCACCAAGAACUACACCAAGGGUUAUUCAGACACUCAGGCUAAAGUACGAGAUGCGACUUCCAACGAUCCAUGGGGCCCAUCUGGAACGCAAAUGAACGAGAUUGCACAGUUGACGUAUAAUCAGUGAGUAUCGACC